AACACUGCGCACGCGCACGCGCACCCGCGAGUACUGAGGACGGAGAACAGCUGUACCGGAGGCCACAAUGCGACUGGCGCUCUGGGCUCCUGCCUUGGUCCGCAUCCGCAAUGGCUGCGCAGAGUGAUCCAGAGAGCUCGUACUAUGCGCUCCUUUAGACCCACAAACAGAAGAGCACAAACGGAGCCGUCUCAAAAUGAGCACCGGAUUCAGCUCCAGCUCCUGCCGCUUCGCGGAUUAUUUCGUGAUCUGCGGGCUGGACACCGAGAGCGGCUUAGAACCAGACGAGCUGUCCGCUUUAUGCCAGUAUAUACAGGCUACUAAAUUCAGAGAUGUUGGCAGAGGAAAGUUGGCGAGUGCAAACGAAGGUGAGAAUUUUGAGCAGAGUCCACUGCGGAGAACUUUUAAAUCUAAAGUUCUAGCGCACUAUCCCGACAAUGUGGAGUGGAACCCUUUUGACCAGGAUGCAGUGGGCAUGCUUUGCAUGCCAAAGGGCUUGUCCUUCCGCACCCAGGCGGACACCCGCGAGCCCCAGUUCCACUCUUUCAUUAUCACGAGAGAGGACGGCUCCCGAACCUAUGGCUUUGCCCUCACCUUCUUUGAGGAGGUGACGAGCAAACAGAUCUGCAGUGCCAUGCAGACGCUCUACCACAUGCACAAUGCAGAACAGUACGACAUCUUGCACACGCCACCCACACCUCGCAGUCCAGAAGAUGCCCGUCCCACCGCUCAACAACUGCACGCUGCCCCCUCCUUGUCUCGUCUGCAGCGUUUCAACUCCUACGACAUCAGCCGAGACACAUUGUACGUGUCCAAAUGCAUCUGUCUGAUUACACCCAUGGCCUUCGCCCACGCCUGCAGAAGGGUUCUCGAACAGCUGCAUCAGGCCGUCACCUCGCCUCAGCCACCACCGCUGCCGCUGGAGAGCUACGUCUACAACGUCCUCUACGAGGUCCCUCUGCCACCGGUCGGGCGUUCCUUGAAGUUCUCUGGUGUAUACGGGCCAGUGGUGUGUCAGAGGCCCAGUACAGCUGAGCUGCCCCUCUUUGACUUCCCCCUGCAGGAGGUGUUUGAGCUACUAGGUGUGGAGAAUGUGCUACAGCUCUUCACCUGUGCACUUUUGGAGAUCCAGAUCCUUCUGUACUCACAACAUUACCAGCGGCUGAUGACGGUAGCGGAGAGCAUCACAGCCUUAAUGUUCCCCUUCCAAUGGCAGCAUGUGUACGUGCCCAUCCUGCCCGCUUCACUGCUCCACUUCCUGGACGCUCCUGUGCCCUACCUCAUGGGUCUGCACUCCAACGGUCAGGAUGACCGCACCAAGUUGGAACUUCCCCAAGAGGCCAACCUUUGUUUUGUCGAUAUCGACAACCACUUUAUCGAGCUACCUGAGGACCUGCCUCAGUUCCCCAACAAACUGGAGUUCAUCCAGGAGAUCUCGGAGGUUCUGUUGGGGUUCGGCAUAUCCUCAGAGGCAAACCCACAAUGCAGCGAGAGCCAGAGCAAGCUCAGGGGCUUCCGUUCGGGUGACAUGGCCUCUGACAAGCGCAACGGCAACCUGGCCGGCUCACCGCUCAACUCGUACUUGCUGAGAGAAAACCAAACCAUAGCUCGUCUGCAAGCUCUGGUCAAGAGGACUGGAGUCAGUCUGGAGAAGUUGGAUGUGAAGGAGGACACAAGCACUAAUAAGGAUUCAAAAGUGCAGUGUGAUGAAGAGGAGUUUAAAAUGCAUCAGCUGAACGUUCAGGUGCGAGAGGUCUUCGCCAACCGCUUCACACAGAUGUUCUCUGACUAUGAGGUGUUUGUCAUUCAGCCCAGCCAAGACAAAGAGUCCUGGUUCAGCAACCGAGACCAGAUGCAGAACUUUGACAAGGCCUCUUUCCUGUCGGAUCAGCCUGAACCUUACCUGCCGUUCCUCUCCCGCUUUUUGGAGACGCAGAUGUUUGCCUCUUUCAUUGACAGCAAGAUCCUGUGCCACGAUGAUGAGGACAAAGAGCACACGCUGAGAGUGUUUGAUUCCCGUGUUGACAAGAUCCGCAUGUUAAAUGUCAGGACACCCACUCUCCGGACCUCCAUGUACCAGAAAUGCACCAAUAUUGAUGAAGCGGAAAAGGCCAUUGAGAUGAGGCUGUGUAAGAUCGACCACACGGCUCUGCAUCCCCACCUGCUGGACAUGAAGAUCGGUCAGGGCCGUUACGAGCCGGGCUUUUUCCCCCGCUUACAGUCCGAUGUUCUCUCCACUGGACCCACCAGCAACAAAUGGGCGAAGCGCAGUGCACCAGCACAAUGGCGGAGGAAGGACAGACAGAAACAGCACGCUGAGCAUCUUUAUCUGGACAAUGACCAGAGAGAGCAUGUGGAGUGUCUGUUUUCUGAGCUUCAGCUUCUGCUGGCUCUGGACUACUACUGGUUCUCGCAGUCCUUCAGGCCCUGUCUAAAGUCCGUCAAGGUGGAUGUGAAGUACAUCCAGGAAGCCAGAAACCUUGGCACCACUCUCCGCCAGCCCAAACUCUCCAACCUGUCACCUUCAGUCAUUGCACAGACCAAUUGGAAGUUUGUUGAGGGACUGUUAAAGGAGUGCAGAAAUAAGACCAAACGCAUGCUGGUGGAGAAGAUGGGACGGGAGGCAGUGGAGUUGGGCCAUGGGGAGGUUAGCAUCACUGGCGUGGAGGAGAACACACUUAUCGCCAGCUUGUGUGACCUGCUGGAAAGAAUCUGGAGCCACGGUCUGCAGGUCAAGCAGGGAAAAUCUGCCUUGUGGUCGCACCUCUUACAUUAUCAAGAGAGUAAAGAGAAGAGAGACGCUACUCCAGCCGGCCUUGGCCCUCCUGGUAUCAUCCAUGACACGGAGAGACGGAAGUCAGACGCUGGCUGUGCAAUGCCGCCUCUCAAAGUCUCCUUGAUCCAGGACAUGAGGCACAUCCAGAACAUCAGUGAGAUCAAGACAGAUGUUGGGAAGGCCAGGGCAUGGGUGCGUCUCUCCAUGGAGAAGAAACUGCUGUCCAGACACCUGAAGCAACUUCUGUCUGACCAUGAGCUCACCAAGAAACUCUAUAAGCGCUACGCUUUCCUGCGCUGUGAUGAUGAGAAGGAGCAGUUCCUCUACCAUCUCCUCUCUUUCAACGCUGUGGACUACUUCUGCUUUACCAACGUCUUUACCACAAUUAUGAUACCAUACCAUGUGGUCAUUAUUCCCAGCAAGAAACUAGGUGGUUCCAUGUUUACGGCCAACCCCUGGGUGUGCGUCUCAGGGGAACUAGCUGAGACUGGGGUCCUGCAGGUCCCGAAAAACACUCUGGAGAUUACGUUUGAGUGCCAGAACUUGGGGAAGCUGACCACAGUACAGAUGGGCCAUGAUAACUCAGGAUUGUAUGCUAAGUGGCUAGUGGAGUGUGUAAUGGUCCGCAAUGGCAUCACAGGGCACACCUACAAGUUUCCAUGUGGCCGUUGGCUCGGGAAAGGAGUAGAUGAUGGCAGCUUGGAGAGGAUACUGGUGGGUGAAUUGGUGACUAACACAGAGAAUGAGGACAGAAUGUGCCGGACUCCUCCAAUGCAGCAAUCCCCCGGGAUGAUGCGAAGAUUUGUCACCAUUUCGCCAAACAGCAAACCAAAGUUAAACACGGGCCAGAUCCAGGAAGGGGUGGGAGAGGCGAUUAACGGUAUCGUCAAACACUUCCAUAAGCCAGAAAAAGAGAGAGGAAGCCUGACAUUGCUUCUUUGUGGAGAGUACGGUCUAGUAUGGGCUUUAGAGCAGGUGUUUCAGCAUGGCUUCAAGUCACCACGCCUUUUCAAGAAUGUCUUCAUUUGGGAUUUUCUAGAAAAAGCGCAGGUCUACUUUGAGAGUGCAGAACAAAGUCAGAUGACCCAAGAUGAAAACUGGCAGAUGAGGGUGCGUCAUUUCUGCCAUUUCAUGCGCGCCAUCAACAGCACACCCAGAAACAUUGGCAAAGACGGAAAGUUUCAGAUGCUUGUGUGUCUCGGAGCCAGAGAUCACCUGCUUCACCACUGGAUUGCGCUUCUCGCCGAGUGUCCAAUCACAGCACAGAUGUACGAGGACAUGGCGCUCUUAAAGGACCAUUCUCUGGUGAACUCUCUGAUUCGAGUGCUACAGACUCUGCAGGAAUUCAAUAUCACUCUGGAGGCCUCUCUCGUCAAAGGAAUCGGGAUAUAACGCCGUCUGAAUAUAGAACUAACACAGAGAUCAGUGGGACCAUGGACUAACUUUUUUUUACAUGGAGAGACUUCAACAAAAGGACUAAACCUGGCUUACAUUAAAGCUACUGUCAUGUUUGCCAUAUAUUAAGUGCAAUGAGCCUUUUCAAAUGUGUCAUAAUUUUUAUCAACAACAUUACUGACAUUCAAAUAUGUCUUCUAUUUUGAUCCAUACUUUUCACAAAAUGUGAACCCCCACCCCACCUGUGCUAUACCGUUUUAUUGAAAGCUCAAUAUUUUUCGUUGUUGUUGUGGACUGCUGACAAUGGCUAUAUUUAAAAGGAAAACAUGUAAGAAAAACUGUUAUUAUAUUUUCAGAGAAGAACAGUGUUAUUUUGAUAUGUGUCAGGUUGCUUGCUCUGUGCUCUAAUCCAAUCCAUACUGUCACAAUGCAGAGUUCGAAGCAAAUGAUGUAGAAGUAUGCUUUAUAAGUACAACUUGUGGGGAAUUCAUAUUUUUACUUAAAAAAUGGAAAGGAAAGAUGAGAAAAAUGGAAAAAGGCUCUUUUUUUGUAACAAUGCCAGAGGCUUGUUAUUUCCCUCUAAAUGCAAAUCAGUUUAAAGGGACAGUUCACCCAAAAAUGACACUACUGGUCAAAAACUUUUUUUUUAUGGUUUUUUUUUUUUUUUUUUUUUUUUUAAAUAAAGUCUAUAAAGUCUCUUAUGAUCACCAAGGCUAUUUAAAUACAUUUUAAAAAUUGAAUUUAUUCCUGUGAUGCAAAACUGAAUUUUCAGCAGUUUCAGUGUCACAUGAUCAUUCAGAAAUUCUAAUAUGCACAUUUUUUUUGCUCAUUUAGCAAUUAUUAUUGGUAGUAUUUUUGUGGAAACGAGCAGCAAAAAAUGUUUCCGACAUUGAUAAUAAUAUUUAGAACCAUUUUUAAUAACAGAGAACCAAUAAUAAUUAAGUGAGCAUAAAUCAGCAUAUUAAAAUUAUUUCUGAGGGAUCAUGUGACACUGAAGACUGGAGUAAUAAUGCUGAAAAUUCAGCUUCACCAUCACAAGAAAAAAACUGUUUAAAAAGAAAAGUAAACAGUUUUUAUGUUGUAAUAAUAUUUUACAAUAUGACUGUUUUUACUGUAUUUUUGAAUAAAGAAAUGCACCCUUGUGAGCAUAACAGACUUAUUUCAAAAACUGUAAUUAUUGCAUUUACUGCAAGAAAUGCAUUUAUUCCAAGCUUUUGACUGGUAGUGUUGGGUCAUUGUUUACUCAUUCUCAUGUCAUUCCAUACCCACUUUUUUCUUUUUUUUACCCCAUACAAUGAAAGUGAACACUGGGCACAAAUGUCUCUUUUCCUGUCCACUUUUAAUAAAUGGGAAAAGAGCAGAUUGGACUUUUGUCUAAAUAGCUCCUUUUGCUUUCCACACAGGAUACGGGUGAACUGUCAUCUUGAGCAUAUUAUGAUCGCUAAAAUCAAAGAUGUGGCUUAUGAAAGUGAUGCUCAAGCAUAUUUUACAAGAUGGACUGUAAAAACUAAAAACAAUCAUCGCAGAAAGGAUAACAUUAACCUUUCACCUAAUCCUGUCAAAGUACCAUAACAUUCCCCAUCUCUUCAGCCCUCAGGUCUCGACUGUGGCCAACUACAAUGCCAUAUCUGGAGUAGAAUUAAAUUGCGGCACAGUUGCUGUGUUUGUGUCCCUCUCCUUAGUUGAACCCCAGCAUCCCCUCUGUUUCUGCUAUGCAAUAUUUACAGCUCCAAAAUUUUGUUAUUGAAUAUCGAUGAAAUAUUGUUCACCUGUUUUAGAGUGUAGCAUAAUUUGUAGGAUGUAACUGGGAGAAGCACAUUAAAGGCUGAUAUUCAUGUGCCAAUUUCAUCAUGACUGUUCUGGUACCUGUUCAAACACAGCUGGCAUGAGCAUUCUGGGAGUUUUUUCCUUUUUUCUUGUGUUUUAUCUCUUGAUACAUUUAUAGACAAAGCAGUGUAAUGUAGUGUUAAAUAUUGAACAACUGUGUACAGUGUAUAAAAUGUAUUAAAGGUGACAAUUCAA